AUGGCGUCAGCAGAAGCUGCAUCGUCUCCUCCAGUCAAACCACUGCUUGGUGAAAUACUGCUCACUGCCAUCAUAUACACUGGGCAUAAAUCUCUAUACAGUGUUAGCUGUCUGAGGGAAGAUCAAGUCUGGACAUGCGGGAAUAACGAAACCAUGAAGCUCCUUAACCCCCGGGGUAAACUACUGACAUCAAUACAAACCAAGUCAGGGUACUCACCACGGGACAUAGUAGUUACAUGGGACGGAUAUCUUGUUUAUACUGAUCACAGAACUGUGGACUUAGUGAAGAAUAAACAGAUACAGACCGUGAUCACACUACAAGGAUGGACACCUUUUUCCGUCUGUCGUACCGCCUCUGAUGAUCUCCUGGUUACCAUGAUCAGUGAUGAUAAAAAACAAUCCAAAGUUGUGCGUUACUCUGGCUCCACAGAGAAAAAAACCAUUCAGUUUGAUGAUCAGGGUCGUCCUCUCUAUUCAUCUGAUCCUUACACUACUAAAUACAUCAGUGAGAAUAGGAACCUGGAUAUCUGUGUGGCUGACCAGUCAGCUAGAGCAGUAGUGGUGGUCAAUCACCAGAGUCACAUCCUGACAGCAGACAUUAACAAUAACCUUAUCCACAUCCUAGAUCAGGAUGGACAAUUCCUCCGUUACAUUCACAAUUUAGAACGCCCAUCAGGUUUAUGUGUGGACAUCAGAGACAACCUCUUUGUGGCUGAGUUAAACAAUGCUAAAGUGAAGAAAAUCCAAUAUCUACAUGUAUAA